AUGAUGGUCAACCAGGUGCGGGUUCUCUCGACAGGGACCACCGACAACGGAACCAUACAGUAUGAGGGUGAGUUCAUGAAGGUCCCUUUCAACUUACGCAGGACUAUGCAAUAGAACUUUACACCCAAUUGCAAACUCUUAGACUUGGAUUGAAGUAUCAUUGGUCCAAGUUUCAGAUUCCGAGAUAUGACCAUCCAUCCACAUAACUCUAGAGUAAUUCAUACAAUCUGUCUCAAACUUGGACCCGAAACACUUCAAUUUAGGUCUAAAAGUACAACUUGGUAGGAAAUUUCCAGCGCUUGCUUUAACCCCUCCAACCGGGUAGGUAGGGAUGGCAUUAUCAGUGACAUAAUCAACAGAGAUAAGAUAAAUCGUUAGCAGUCUCAAUCACUUCAUUCUUCUUCUUCUUCUUCUUCUUCUUUUUGUUCUUUGUCGGCGGCGUGAGACUGUUGCAAACCUCCUUCAAAUCUCGCCAACUUCACUAUUUGCCAGCCGUUCUCACUCGAAUAACUCAAAUAUCAGAUCUCUGCGCCCUCUCACAUCACCACAAUGAUUUCUCGAAUGAUUGUCUGAUCACGUUUCUAUUAUUAGUGGCGGCUCUUUUUGCAACUGAUCCCUCAUUCGUUUUCUUGAUCGGUUAAAGGUUCGUCUCCUUCUCCCACCCAUUUUAUUAAAAAGUGCUCGGUGACCGGCGGCAAACAGUGGAUUUGCAGAAGUCGACGAAACAAAACGGUGGUUCAACCGUCGUUUCUGCUUCCUUUCGGCCAUCGGUCUCGUCGCCGUCAUUCUCGCGAUGGUCGUCAUUCUCAUUGUGGUUUUGCUUCUCACGCAGCUGAAAGAAGCGAAUGCGAAUGCUGAAAGUGUUAUGACUGCUUCUAAAACACAAUUCGAAGAACUAUCACAAGUUAGUUGCAAUGUGGCACCGCUCAGAAUAUGUAUUCGCUUUCCAGAAACUUCAACAGCCUUUGGAGCAGCUGGGACCAACGUUAGACCGAUUGGCCAACAUGCCGUUACCGGGUGGGGUUCCGUUGCCAACGCAGGCUCCGAAGCCCGCCGUCUCGCCCAUCAACCCCAUCGUAACCGGUCCCGAAACCACUCCAGAGCCACCUCGCAGAUCUCCAAAGGCUAGAUAUGAAUGGAAAGGAUGUGAGAAUCUGGGGAAAUGCCAACUGUCCGGGUGAGAAUCAGUCCACAGCGGUUUUUAGUAAGCAAUGAAUUUUCAGUUAUACAAAGCCUCCUCUUGUCAUUUUGAGUUUGGACGGCUUCGCGAGGGAAUACGUGGACCGGGACAUUGUGCAGACUCUCAAUCACAUUGCCGAUUGUGGAGUGAAAGCCGACAGAGUGUAUCCUUCGUUCCCUUCGAAAACGUUCCCCAAUCACUACUCGAUCGUCACAGGACUCUACCCGGAAUCUCAUGGAAUCACCGAUAACAGUGUUUUCGAUCCGACCAUCUCCCCGGCUCUCGAGUCUAUGAAAAGCACCAAAUACGCAAAAUACUUUGUUGGAGAGCCCGUAAGUUUAGUAAUCUGACUGCAAGCGAAAGACUGAACAUUUCAGAUUUGGUCGGUGUACAAACGGAAAACGGGGAACAAGGCGAACUGUCUGUUCUGGGUGGGAUGCGCCUACAACAACAGCGGAUACCCGCCUGACGUGGCACCCGAGUACAAUCAGGAACUUCCGUUCCGGAAUCGAAUCGACAUGGUGAUUGAUUGGUUGAAAUUGCCGGCGGACGAACGGCCCGGACUGAUUACCGCCUAUCUUCACGAGCCCGACAAUGCGGGACAUUAUCAAGUGGACGAAGAAGACGUCGAUGAGAAGUUGGCGGAGAUUGACGACAACCUGGACUACCUGAUGAGUCGGCUGAGCGAGGAGAACCUUCUGGAAUGCAUCAACUUUGCCAUCCUUUCGGAUCAUGGAAUGCAGCUCAUCGAUAAGACCUACUACUUCCAAGACUUCUUGGAUCUGAGCGGGCUGGUGACUGCGAAAGGUGUUGUUGGAAGGAUGUACAUUAACGAUAGCAGUGAGUGAGACCGAUUCAUGUCUGAACCCAAUUCCAAGUUACAGACAUCUCCGUUGAAGACGUGGCAGACAAAUUUCGUUGCAAAAUCGACACUGUGAAAGCAAACACAAGAGCAGAUUUGCCAACCAGAAAGCAUUAUUCAAGAAGUGAUCGAGUUGGAGAGGUUAUUUUGGAAGGACGGGCUGGAGUCACCUUCUACAAGUGAGCAUUUUCGUCAUGUCGAAUCAUCCAGAGAUAUCAGAGAAUUCAGAAGCUUAGCAGAUGAUUACGAACUGUCAGGAGAUCACGGAUACGACUAUUUCAAUCCGAAAAUGCACACAAUAUUCUUCGCCCGGGGGCCUUCAUUCAAGCAAAAUUAUACUAUACCUCCGUAUCAAAACGUACAAUAUAUGAACUUGUGGAUGAACCUUCUUGGAAUCGAAGGAGCCGUUGAGACCAAUGGAACUGUCGGAUUCUUCGAUGAAGCACUCACGAGCCCACCCAGAAGAGAUAAUCCAACUAAUAUUGUCGCGUUCGUUUGAGAUUCCCUUUUCUUCUAGACAAUUUUCCAUUUCCAGAGAGUGCCCAAUGGCUGCCCUACCUUCUGCUCUCAAGUGUUCCGGAGAUGUCUCCGCUGACACUUUGGUCAGUUUCAGCUUUCAUACCAUAACCAACUUUACUCUUUUUUCAGAGCCAGCUCUCCUCCAAGCUCACAUCCUGCGCCUUCUCGCCCACCAAUCUCCCUCUUUACUCGGACAGUCUCUGCUUUCAAAGCUAUUGUGAAAACUCUGUAGUUGUGAACCGAAAUGGGAAAGAUGCUCGACGAGCAAUCAUCGAAGUUCUGUCCCGGGAUGAAGUUGUCACACCCGCUAAUUACACUUUUGUCAAUGCCAAAUACCAAUACACUUGUCCGACUGUCAAUGGGUCAUCAGAAAGUAUCACAAUACUCAAAACGUCUCGUAAGCGAUCAAUAUGAAGUUCUUUGAAACGGAACCGAUUUCAGAAAUGAGUAGCAUGGCGGAUGCACAAGUUACCUUCCCGAAUAACUUUAUUCUAAGUGAGUGACGAUUCCAUUCAAUCGAAAAGGUUUUGAUUGAUUGCAGAAGUUCUGGAUCCGCUGCAAGCAAAGUCAGUGGAAUAUUUGAACAAGUUCGGAAAGAUGUACGUGAUUUCCGGAACCGCAACCGAUGCGAAUCAUGACGGCGUCGCUGAUGCUUCAGGGUUAGUGUCCGUACUUCCAGAGGGACCCAUUUCUGUUCCAUUUCAGUACUAAACUCACUCAUUUCUACCGAAUAUUCCUCACUUGCUCAUCCAAUUGGCUCUCAAUGAAUCCUCCGCUCUGCACGGAUUCCGAGGCUAUGCAAACGUUGGCGUUCAUCUUUCCGAUCGUCGAGCAAUCCACAAUGGAUUGCAUGGUAUGUUUCCUUUUGUAGAAACAACAAACAUCUGAUCUGCAGGAAUCGGACGCGAUCCUUCUCGACUACACGGCCACGAUCUUCGACGUCGAGCGGAUUGCCGGUUUCCAGUUCGGCCUGGGAGCCCUCAGUCAGCAGCAAAACGUGGUGCUCCGCCGAAACAUAACCAGCGCGCUCUGGUGAUCAGAAGAAGCAUACCGACAUGUUACGGGUACACACUCUCUCCGGUCAAUCAAUUUUCACCGACUGUGAAUUUAAAUGAAUAAAAGAUUUUCGCCCGCUUUAAAACCAGAUUUCGACUCGGACGUGAUGACAAGUUCAGUGACACUGUCAUGUUUUUAUUUUUAUAUUCCUCUCCGCUCUCCCACCACACUAAGUCGUUGGUCUCGGAAAGCAAAUAAAGGGAAAGGACUGGAAAGUACUUGUUCAAGGAAUUCUUCAAUUUUUGUAACGUUUGUUCUCUUUUUUCUCGGUCGAAUGAUUGAUUGAUGUCCAUUCUUGUCGGGAUCAAUUGAUUAACACAAAAGCCUCCCUCUCUCUCUCUCUCUCUCUCUCUCUCUCUCUUUCUUUCUUCCUUUCUUUCCACUCGUUUUCUUCUCUUUUUCCGCUUUUCAUCUUCCCAAUUCUUCAGAAACUUGGAUGAUCGGUACUCUAGUCCUAUUCUAUUUGCUUUUCGGACUUUUAUUUCGAUACACGGCUGCGGUAGAUGUACAUAACUUGUGCCCCUGUUCCUAAAAACCGUGUAUACAAUAUUUAGAGCGUUCCACGAAAGUACUCAUGGGCAGGAUGUGAGAAUCUGCAAAAAUGCGAGCUGGACGGAUACCAGAAACCGCCGCUUAUGAUUCUGAGUUUUGACGGAUUCGCGAGAGAGUAUCUCGGCAGAAACAUUGUCGAUUCGCUGGAGAAGAUAGCUGAAUGUGGUGCCAAAGCGGACAGAGUAUACCCUUCGUUCCCUUCGAAGACCUUUCCGAAUCAUUACACGAUGAUGACUGGAUUGUACCCGGAAUCUCAUGGAAUCAGUUUGCACUUGUUCACUUUAUUCACUACUUUUUCCUUUUCAGCUGACAAUAAUGUCUAUGAUCCCGAGAUUUCUCCAAAGUUAGUAGCAAUGAGAGCAGCUGAAGCCGAGCAGUUUUACGGCGGAGAACCUGUAAUGUUUUGUCUUGUAUUUAAAAAAAAAAAUAACAUUUAGCUUUCAGAUCUGGUCCGCCUACAAACGAUUGACCGGAGAACGUGCACACUGUCUUUUCUGGGUCGGCUGCUAUUUCAAUAACACUGGUUUCAUGCCCGACGUGUCGCCAGAUUACAACCAGGAACUUCCGCUUCAGGAUAGAAUCGAUACACUCGUCGAGUGGCUGAAACUGCCGUCGGACGAGCGACCAGGACUGAUAACUGCCUACCUUCAUCAGCCGGAUUCAGCCGGACAUGCACAGAAGGAUGUGAAUAAGGCACUGGAAGACGUGGACAAGUACAUUGACACGUUGAUGACGACCCUGUACGAAGAACGGCUGCUGGAGUGUAUCAAUCUAGUGAUAGUGUCGGAUCAUGGAAUGCAAGCUCUCAACAAUACUGUAAAUGUGAAGGAUUACAUAAAUAUAGACGGAAGGAUAUUCUCAAAUGGAGUUGUUGCCAGACUACAUCUGAAUAGCACAGGUACGUAAGUAAAGGAGAAUAGGCGUAAUGUGUAAAACAAGAACAGAUUUGGCCGUGAAUGACGUGGCAGAUCAGAUGAGGUGCAAAGUGGAUGGAGUCAAAUUGAAUACGGUCAAAGACAUUCCUGUACGGAAGCAUUACUCGAAGACAGGACGAGUCGGAGACAUUAUCAUUGAAGGCCGGGCCGGAACCACAUUCUUAAAGUAAGCACAAUAAUUUUCAAUCCCUCUCCUAUGAUUUGUUCAGAAGUGACACCAACCUCGGCGAUCACGGAUAUGACUAUUUGAAUGAGAACAUGCACACUGUCAUGUUUGCCCGUGGUCCCUCAUUCCGGCAGAACGUGACGGUCCCUCCGUUCCAAAAUGUUCAGUACAUGAACCUUUGGCUCUCUUUACUUGGAAUCGAAGGAGCUGUUGAGAACAAUGGAACCAUCGGCUUCUUUGAUAGUAUUUUAGAGAGACCGCCUACGAGAGAGAACAAUUGGAAUACUGUCGAGCCAGUGAAAACGUUCUCUUUACCAGGAAGUAUUUUUUUUUUACAGGGAAUGCCCAAACUUUGGAUCCACGGAGACUCUUGAAUGUUACAAAAUACCAGACACUAUUCGAGUGAGUCAAUUUAUCGUGAACGUAUAAAAAGAGAGAUUUGCAGAGAAAGAUCUCAUCCAGACUGGAAACUUGUUCUCAAAUCAAGGAUCUUCCCAUCUACUCGAAGGAUCACUGCUUCCAAAGUUACUGCGAUAACUCGAUCAUAGCAAGUGUGAACAAAGGAGACUGUCGGAAGGCCGUCGUCGAAAUGCUCACGUCAUCUGAAACUGAAGAAACGCAUAGUUUCAACGGGGAAACGUACAGUUUUCUGAAUACUAAGUACAACUAUCAAUGUCCCAAUGACACCCGCAAUCUUCAGUUUUUCUCGGCUGGAAUCAAAGGUCGCUCAUAGUCAGUGACGUCUUUCGUGUUUCAUUUCUGUACUUUUCAGCCAUCAGCCACAUCGCAGAUGCCCAAUUCAAUUUUCCAACUCUAUUUUUGAAAAGUAAUUUGGUGUACUUAAUAUCAUGCUGUAUACAUUUCAGAUGUGUUGGCGCCUCUUCAGGAUAAGACAAGCGAGUAUUUGCAAAGAUUUGGAAAGCUUUUCGUGCUGUCUGGAACGGCUACGGAUGCAAAUAACGAUGGAAUUGCUGAUAAGGAUGGGUGAGGCAACGCCUUCUAGCCGACUUAAGUUGGUUUUCACUUUCAGAGAUCCCACUCAUUUCUACCGUAUUCUCUUCACUUGCACUGGCACUUGGCUCUCUUUUAACCCUCCAUUAUGCAGAAAAAUAUCGGAAAUGAGAGCAUUGGCUUUUGUUUUCCCCAUUUUGGACAGAAAGUCAACAAUGGAUUGCAUGGUAAGUAGACGGCCCAUCCUGUAAUAAACGAAAAACAUUUCAGAGCUCUGACGCUGUGCUCCUCGACUACACAGCCACCAUUCAAGAUGUCGAACGGAUUGCCGGCUUCCAAUUUCAAAUCGGAGCUUUGAGUCCGCAACAGAACGUGUAUCUUCGCAGAAAUAUCACUCUUUCACUCUGGUAG